AGCGCGCAAAAUACGCUUGAUACGUCGGGCGCGAUUUCCGAUUAUUAAAUUUCAAAGAUGUCAUCUGCGCCUAUUUGUGAUCGUGUUAAUACAUAUGCUAAUAAAAGCAGAGUUAUACCUGGUUAUGAGGGGAUACCAUACAAUUUAUGUGUUAACGUUAUCGGUUGGGUGGUCCUAAUGUGCGGAUUUACACUAUUAAGAAAACUUGCAUGGGACUAUGGGCGUAUGGCUACAUUUCAACCUAGGAAAAAUAGGUGGACUCUAUUUUCAGAAAUAAAUGAUGAAAAUGUCAGUACUGACAAUGCUUCCAUUGAUAGUGUAGAACAAACUCCAUCUACUAAUGAUCCUGGUUAUUUUUCAUGGAUUGUUAGUUAUUUCAAGUUAACAUCGGCAGAUUUACAAUUAAAAGCAGGAAAUGAUGCUGUUCAAUAUCUUAGAUUUCAUUUCUAUUUAAUUAUUUAUACAGCAAUCACUACAGUUUUCUGUUUGGUUGUUAUACUUCCAGUAAAUAUACAUGGUACACUAAAAUCUCCUGACUUACAGAAAUUCGGUGUUACGACCAUAUCAAAUAUAUCGUCUAAUUCAUCUAGUCUAUGGGUGCAUACAAUUUUUGGCAUUGGAUUUUUCCUGUUGGCAUUUUUUUUAAUGCAACAUUUCUCGAGGCAAUUUCGUCGAGAGUCGACUCGAACACCGAAUUUCUCAGAUAAAACAUUGAUGAUUUCCGGGAUAUCACGUACAAAUUGUUCACGAGCACUCAUUUUAAGGCACUUUGCAGAACUUUAUCCUGAAUGUCCUGUUGAAGAUGUACAAAUUUGUUAUGAUACACGAAAACUGAUAAAACUUGAAAAUCAGAAAGAUACUGUAAGAGCUGCUCUACGUUACUCUGAAGAAAGUUACGAACGUAAACGUAAACGUCCAUUUAUUAUACCAUGUUGUUGUGGUUGGAUGUAUAAAAAAUGUUAUGAAAAUAAUUGUUGUCGUAGUUGUUGUUGGAAUACUAAUAAUCAAAUAGAUUCUUCACAAAAUUAUAUUUCAAAUAAUAAUGAUAAUCAUAUAGAUAAUAUUGAUGAUACUGUGCCAAGAUCUGAAGCUGUUAACAACGAAUUAUCUUCAUCAUCUUCCUCUUCUCCUUCACCUAAAAUAAAUUAUAAUAAAUGUAAAUUAUGCCUUUGUUGUUCAUGUCCACAACCUGCUGAUGCAAUCACUUAUUAUACAAAUAAAAAAAUGUAUUUACAAAAAGAAAUUGAAAAACAAUAUGAAACAACAAUUAAAAAACCAAUUGGUAUUGCAUUUAUAACAUUCUCAACCAAAUAUGCUGCAGCUUAUGUAUGUAAAGAAUAUCGUAACAUUUGUCGACGUUUAAUUAUAUCUAUAAUGUCUAGUACUAGUACUAGUUCAGUAUUGAAAAGUCAUAUGUGGUCUGUCGACUUUGCACCUGUUCCAAGUAAUAUUAUUUGGGCGAAUCUAGCAGCUACGAGAACUGUGUGGUGGUGUCGAGCAAUUUUUAUUAACUUGUGUGUUUUCUUCGUGGUGUUUUUUCUUACUACUCCUACAUAUGUAUUGAAUUUAGUUAAUACAUUGCACUUAACUGAACGUCUACAAAUUAAUAAUCCACUAUUGAUUCAAUUUUUCCCAUCUAUUAUUCUUUGGUCCGUGUCUGCUUUAUUACCUUACAUUGUAUUCAAUUCAGAUCGACUUGUUGGUCAUUGGACUAAAUCUGUUCUACAUUUAACUGUAAUGAUUAAAACAUACACUUUAUUAAUUCUAAUGAUUUUAGUACUUCCAUCACUUGGCCUUACAUCAAUACCUGCUCUACUUCAGUGGCUUUUCCCGGAAAUGCAUAUCAUACCACUUGUCCCAGCAAAUAAUGGUUCAAAAAUUAUUAAUAUUUCAACCAUCAAUAAUACUACUAGUAAUAAUAAUAAUGCUACUGCUAAUAAUUCAAGUACACCAUCUUCAUCGAGUCCAUUCAUUCCAAUUGGACCACAGUCAUUUCAAUGGGAAUGUGUUUUUAUGCCAGAUAAUGGUGCUUUCUUUGUCAAUUAUGUAAUCACUGCAGCAUUUAUUGGAACAUCGUUAGAACUUGUUCGAUUUUCUGAAUUAUUUAAUUAUGUUUGCCGCCUUAUGUGUGUUAAAUCACAAGCUGAAAAAGCUGGUGUACGAAAGGUAAAUUUUCUAUUAGGUUUUCACUUAUUCUUCUGUUUACAACUUCCUUAAUUAUGUUAUUUUAAUGAAAACGAUUACUUAAUUAUUUACAUGUAAUUUGAUAGUCAUUUUCUAAAUGUGUCCUGUCAUCUGCUUUACACCACGGAUUGAUCUUAGACAAUUGCUGGAAAGUAGGGAGCGCUAGUGAUCUGUCUCAUUCUAAUUUAGGAGUGUUCUACAGUGCGUGUCUAUAUCGAGGGCUUAACUUUCAGACAACUGAGUUGGCAUCCGAUACUUUAUAUUCCCAUCUUCAAUCAUUUCGCGAUAUUGCGCAACCAUCUUCCAAUGCUAUUAGUGGGUAACUAUUUUAUAACCAUUUCUUUUAUUAUCUUGGAUCACUAAUUAUUGAAGACUCUUUCUUUAUUAAUAGGCUAGUCAAUUUGAAUUUCAGUUUGGACUGUUUUAUGCAUGGAGUUUAUGCGUCUUCGCUGUGAUCUGUGCAUAUAGUAUUGUAUGUCCGUUGAUUACACCAUUCGGUAAGUAGCUAACAUUUCUAUAAUUUCUACAUUGUAUUAUAAAUGACAUCGUCAUUGUAUUAUUUGGUAGUUUUUUUCGUAAUAAUAUAAUUUGUAAUUUUCCUAGCAAAAUUAUUGUUUACACACAUUAUUUGUGCAAUUGAACCAUCUUUAGCCAGUAUUCAUUAAAGUUAGGGCAAAAUCUUUGGAUGUGUUUUGCAAGUUUUCUCAAUUUCAUGGCUUAGUACGCUUUGUUGGAUUUAGAUGUAUGUAAAAAGCCGUAACACUUUCCACUAAUUUGGCGCAAUUUUGUUGCCAUCCUCAAAUUAAUAUGAGUAUAAAAUAUUAGUUGUACAAAUCUGGGAUGCUAACAUUUUCAAUGAACACUUUCCAUGCCUCCUCGAACUUACUAACGUCUAGUAGUGUGUUUAGGGUCAGAAUAUAUAUGAAGAAUUAACACCAUUUUCAAUCAUGAAACACCAAAUUUCGUGGUUUAAUCACGUUACUUGCAUUUUGUUUUGAUGCCUCCUCUCUUGUGCAUUAUUUAGUGACGCUGCAUACUGAACAAAUAUUAGUGGAAGAGAUGGUAGACGUUGUUACAUGACGCUCUAGAAUGAACGAUUAUUUUGUUGAAUAGAGAUCGACUAGCACUUCGGUGUAAUUUUAUGUUUUUUUUAAAGUGUUUUUAUUCUUUAUUUAAUUUGCUUUCUUAUAUUCAUUUUUAGGUCUUAUCUAUUUAAUAUUUAAGUAUUUCGUAGAACGUUAUAAUCUCUACUAUGCCUAUUUGCCUAGCCGUAUUGAUUCCCACAUUCAUUGGCUUGCAAUCAGUUGUAUGUUAGCUUCUGUGUUUUUAUUACAAUUAAAUAUAUUCAUGUUUAUUGUUUUACGUUCCAAUACUGUUAGUCAUGCUUUAGUAAUUUGUUCAUUAUUGGGUUUGAUAUUCUCUGCAAUAUUAAUAAUUUUCACGAUUGUUACUGGAUGGAUAAUGGCUGGUAGUAGUUCAGCACGUAAACUUCUAUUUAGAAAUGCACAUUUAGUCCCUACCACUGAAGAUGUAUUCGUUGAUCAGCAUAGUCAGUAUAAUAGUUCAGUCAGUGUUCAACGUAGAGGAUCAAAUUUGAACGAAAUAACCAAAGCAGUUGGUGAUCGAAAAUCAUUGGACGAUGCUACUUUUCCUAUACAUAGAAAUAACAGUGAUCCGAAUCAAUUUACUCAACCAUUAACACUAGAUAAAUCAGAAUCUAAAAAUUUGAUCCGUUCUGUUCCUGCUUCACCAUUAAUACCACCUCCAUCACCUCCUCUUACUCCUCCUACAUGUUCUUUACAAGUAUUUAAUAGAAAUGAUUUAAUUAGACAUUCAUACCCGGUAAGAAUUGAUACUAAAGAACAAUUUGUUGCACCAGUUUUAUUACAUUUACAAAAAAGACAUAGUGUAACUAAUUAUAUGAGUACACAAUCUAUGAUUAGUUCACUAUCAGAGAAUAAUUCUAAUCAUCCAUCUCAAUCAGAAGAUCAUAAUAAUUAAAUGAAAUACAUUCAGUAUUCUUUCUACUAUUCCUUUUAUAACAACGAGGAUGAUCCGAAAACAAAUCUGUUUCCUUAAUCAUUACCAGAGGUAUAUAUAUCUUUGUUUAUUUAACAAACCAUCUUCUAUAAAACGUUUGUGUUCUUCUUUUCAAUUUGUCUUUGUAUCACUUUCUUCAGUAAUUAUUGAUCAUUCAUUUUCAUGUUCAUGAACAUUAUCACCAUCAUGAUGAUGAUGAUGAUGAUCGCCGUUUGCUUUUUGAGUUUAGAUUUCUAGAUUUUUCUAUUUACUUUUUCAUUUGUUAUUAUUUAUGUAAAUUUUUUUGUUUGUUUUUUUCUCGUACUUAUAGUUUAUUCAUAUGAUUUUCUUUCAUUUAUGCUUAUCUAUAAUUGAAUAAAAUGAUUUAUUUUAUAAUUGAUUAUAAUAUAACAGAAGAAUGUUUCUUUCUUUGAGUUGAAUACUUUUGGGUACUUACUUAUUUUAAGCAUACCUAUGAACUCUCUUCUAUGUCACCGUUGUAUAUAUGUUGAUUGUGAUGACAGUAAUGAUGAUGAUGGUUGAAUGAAUGUACUUAUCAUAAUUAGGAGGGAGAAAAAAAAGAACAUUCUGAAAUUAUAUCUGCAUUUUGUUCUCUUUGCUUUUGUCUCACUUUUGCACUCUUUAUUUGUUUAUCUAUUAUCCUGUUCACAAUUUGAAUCUAACUUGCUUGUUGCUAUUUUGUAUAUGUAGACGUGGUAAUAUCAUUUAUUGUUUAUUUAAAGUUUAAUUAGGAUAAUCAUAAUAUUUCAAAGAAAAACUGAUAAUUUCAUUUUGUUUUCUCAAAUUUGACAUUGUUCGUUUUUUCUAAAGAAUAAAACAUAUGAAGAAUAA